AUGGCCAGCGGAUCAGCAAAAUUCCAUGUUGUCGUUUCAGGCAAUAAUUCUGUAAUUCCUUUCACCCAACAAUUCGACCUCGACGAAGCAAUAACGAUGCCGGAGAACCCUCAAUCCAGGCAACAAGAAGUCACCCGUUUGGUUUCGGACAUGCCGACGGUUAGUUAUGCAACUGGUAGUUGCUCAGUUUGCAUGGAAAGUUUCUGGCAAUCCGAGGAAGCUGCUAGACAAGUUCCCUGUGGCCAUGUCUAUCACCAUAAUUGUAUUACCGAUUGGCUCUUGAAUGGAGACAGCAAUUCUUGCCCUCUCUGCCGCCAUGAAAUCUCCGGCUGA